AUGUCUGCUCUGGCCAUGUUUGGCAAAUCCAACGGCGCGGCGUGGUCACCCGCCAUUACCCGAACGCGAUGCCUCAUCGCCGCCGGCCUGUUUAUCGUAUGGCUAGCUGCCUUCGCGCACCCGUCUCUGUUCCACGCCCGCAUCAAGGACGCGCACCGCAUGCUCCCGUCGUUCAAGCCCAAGGGGCAGCAGCACCUGGCGGUGCCUCACGCGCGGUACAACGCCUCCAAGGUCGCGCUCAUCAUCGAGCCGGAGCCGCUGCCCAUCCUGGUGCCGCUGAUCCUGCACAUGAUCGCCGUGGUCCCCUCGGACUGGCGCUUCGUCUUCAUCGGCUCGCGGAACAGCGUCUUCAGCGUCGGCCGCAGCUUCGGCGUCCAGAUCCAGCGGUCGCUGGGCAAGAUUGACCUGCAGGUGCUGCCCAGGCCGUGGAUCAUCAAGUCGGCCGAGCACCGCAGCCGCCUGCUGACCGACAGGCGCUUCUACGACGAGUUUCUGCCGGGCGUCGAGUGGCUGCUGCGCUUCGACCGCGACAGCAUCCUCUGCGCCAACUCGGAGACGAGCCUGAACGAGUGGCUGGACUGGAGCUUUACCGGGGCCGCACGGCCCAAGGACGACAAGUUUGCGGGAUACGGAGGCCUGUCGCUGCGCCGCGUCUCGGCCAUCCAGAGCAUUCUCGGCUUCCAGAAGCGCUACAACAACUCGGAGCCCGAGGAUGAGUGGUACGGGAAGCGGUUCGCGGUCACGCCGGGGGCAAAGGUGCCCAAGGGAGGCGAGGGCGCCCUGGCGGUUCAGGACGUGCUGAAGGACAAGCCGAUGGGAUACUACGCGCCCAAGGCGGGCCGGGAUCUCAACAAGGAUGUCUGGAAGAUGCCCGAGACUCGUAGGAAGAUCUUUGACUACUGCCCGGAGCUGGCCAUUGUGAUGGACAUGAAGCUGGAGAACGAGCGCUGCCAGGGGGAUAACCAGGAGGGGGAGAUUAUCUAG